AAUUAUUUCCGAUGAUUUUUUAUAAUAUAAUAUUUUCGAAAUUGUAAUAAUGCAUUAGUCAAAUUUCAAUGUUUCACAAAAUAUUUUAAAAAUGCCAAUUCAAACAACUAGCGUGAGGGGAAAUGCUCCCUCUUGUUUUGAUCGAGUUAAGAUGGGCUUUACGAUGGGAUUUUGCAUAGGAUUAGCAGCUGGUGGAUUAUUUUCAGGGUUUUCAGCUCUAAGGUAUGGCCUGAGAGGAAAAGAAUUAAUAUCAAAUAUGGGUAAAAUCAUGCUUCAAUCUGGUGGAACAUUUGGUGUUUUUAUGGCAAUAGGAACCGGUAUUCGUUGUUGAUUCAAAAAAUAAUACUAAACUUUACAUUAAAUGCAAAAAUCACUCACUCCCACCCCCUCAUAUAGUAACAUCUUAUAUAAUAUUACUCCUCACAAGUAAGAUAAUUAUUUUUUAAAUUCAUCUCAUAAAAUAGGCAACUGUCAAAAUUUAAUUAUUAUAAGCUUCAAAUCCUUUAAAAUUUACUAAAUAGUCUUUACUUGCUCAAUUGUAUGGUAAUUUUUAGAGAUAAUGUAUGUUAAAAACAGUGAUAUUUUAAAUAGUGUUUUUUAUACUGAUAAAUUUAUUAUACACA